UAAAUACAAGACUUUGUCUUCACGUGGGUCGCUUUGUUAAAACUUGUAGCUGAAUCAUUCCAACUGUAAGCCUGGUUUGCAGCAGGUGGGUAUGCUUUUUGGAAAUUAUUGAAAAUGGCCGAUUCGACGUCCGCAGGUGAUAUUUUUGAUGUGUUGAUAUAUGGGAAAACAUUGGAAGAAAUGGGGACAUUCGCCCCUGGCACGUCUUCAAGAAGAAGAAGGAGAUCGUCCCCAGAAGCAGUACGACAACCUUAUUUCACUGAAAACAAUACAGAGUAUAUUGAGAAGUAUCGGGAAGAAGAAAGGCAGCAAGCUUUGGAGGCUGCACAUUUAGCACAAAGUUACAAUGAAUGCAGAUUGAAAGGUGGUGGUAUGAGCAUGCUUGAGGAUGAGUCUACCCUUUGUGGAGACAUGCUCCUUGCUCUGGAUCUUCAUGGUGUGCAAGCGAAAGCGGCUGCAUUCACUCAAUAUUGUUUUGAUCCACCUAACCGUCCCCCUCUAGCGAUUGAUAAAGAGAGAACAGCCAUUCUUGAUAUGCUCAAGAAAGAAAAUGCAAUCAUCAUUAAGGGUUUCACAGGUUGUGGUAAAACAACCCAAGUGCCUCAAUUCAUCCUGGAUGAAUGCUAUGCAAACAAAACACCUUGCAACAUUGUUGUCACCCAGCCAAGGCGUAUUGCAGCCAUCAGUAUUGCUAAAAGAGUCUGCUUUGAAAGGAACUGGACUCUUGGAACCGUUGUUGGAUACAGAGUUGGAAUGGAACGGCAAGUGAGUGAGUCUACCCUGCUCACUUAUGUAACCACUGGAUGUCUUUUGGAGACACUAGUUGCCACCAAAACUCUUGAAGGCUACACUCACAUUAUUGUCGAUGAAGUUCACGAGAGAGAUGAAGACACCGAUUUCUUGCUGUUGGUUAUAAACAGAUUCCUCCGCAAAACAAAGACGCCAACCAAAAUUAUUUUGAUGUCAGCCACAGCCGAUGCUGGAAAGUUUUCUCAGUAUUUCAAAACCCCUGAAUUGGGCGACUUUCCGAAAGGGGAGAGACCUUGGCGCAACGCUCCUAUAAUUAAUGUGGACCCCGCCGAGCCUUUUAACAUCAACGUUUACUACAUGGAUUCUCUUAAACAAUUAGGGUUUCUUACGGCAACGAUAGAUCCAAACGAUGAGACUCCUCGAAUUGAUAAACUCCAGUACGAACUUGUAAGUCGGCUGAUCGCUGCUUUCGACAGCAAACGGGAAAUCAAUCGCUACGGGCGUCAUUCCGAGUAUGAAAAUAUUUCGAGCGUUCGGAGUGCAGUCCUGAUAUUCUUGCCCGGCAUUGGCGAAAUCGAGGCCAUGCACAAAGCUCUGAUAGACUUCGAGACCAAUGCGGUCCACAAGAACUAUUGGCACAUCCUGCCGCUGCAUUCACGCAUCACUAGCGAAGAGCAAAGUCGAGUUUUCCAGCCCAUUUCAAGUUUGCCUCCAAACUUUAGGCACUUUCGCAAAAUCAUUCUCUCCACCAAUAUCGCCGAGAGCUCAAUCACUGUUCCGGACAUUACGUACAUCAUUGAUUUCUGCCUGACAAAGCAGCUCACCACCGAUACGGAAACGAACUUUUGCUCCCUCAAGUUGGAGUGGGCUGCGAAGAGCAACUGUAUGCAGCGCAGAGGACGUGUUGGUCGUGUCACCGAGGGUGUUGUUUACCGAAUGGUUUUCAAUCGCUUCUACGACGAGAAAUUGCCUGAUGACGUGACUCCCGAGAUCCUUCGCUGUCCCCUGGAGCAGACCGUCUUGCGUACCAAGUUGUUGGAUUUGGAUCCACCCGAGAAAAUGUUGGCACUCGUCAUCGACCCUCCCAAAUAUGGUAACAUCGCCAGGACAAUCCUGACACUCAAAGAAAUGGGAGCUCUAUUCACAACAGUCAACGGAGUUGUCAGCUCAUUCGAUGGUGACUUAAGUUACCUCGGUCGAGUCGUCUCUCGCCUCCCCAUAGACGUCCACUUGGGCAAGCUAGUUAUGCUCGGAUACGUGUUCAACAUCCUGGAAGAGUGCAUCAUUAUGGCAGCCGGGCUCAGUUCAAAGAACAUUUUUACUUCUCCUUAUCAAAAGAAGCUGCUGGCCUACCAAGUUAAAAUGCAAUGGGCAGAAGGCUCCUUCAGCGACCCCAUCACAAUCCUUAAUGCAUACCAAGUGUACAAGAACUCGGAGCGGCAAGAGCACUUUAAGAGGAGCGGAGAGUCGGAAAGAAUGCGGGAGAAGAAUUGGGCGCAUGCCAAUUUCAUCCAACUCAAAGCGCUCAAGGAGAUGGAUAUCUUGGUGAAAGAAAUCAAAUUCCGUCUACAUUCCAUCGGUAUUGAAGAAGCCAUCGGACCGAACGUCAGACCGCUUACGGGAAGCCAAAAGGCGCUCCUGCUUCGUGUCGUGCUCUACGGCGCCUUUUAUCCGAAUUAUUUCACACGUGACGCCAUCAGCGGGCAGAUCGAUGAACGCGAGGCCGUCAAAUCUCUUUGCGGAUUGGAUCCAUUCAAAACGGUUAAACUUACCAAUUUUCCAGCGAAUCAACCCGGCAAAGCCUAUGUCCGACAAAUUAAGAACAGCAUGUCGGAAAUCUUUACUAUGCUGAAGGAGGAUACAUGGAAUGCCAAGAUCUCGUUUGAUUCGCAGAGGGUGUUCAUUCAAUUUCAUCAAGAGGGAAAUCCUUCCCAAAAUAGGAGAGUUCCCGGAAGGAUCUGCUUGCCCGUUUACUUGGCCAUCAAACAGAGACUACUCGGUAUUCCCUAUCACGUGCGGUUGUUUGACAAGAGGGAUGCCGAACUAUACCGUUCUCGAGUGGAAGAGUCGGCUAGACGUUUGUUAAACAUCAGUGACGUGGAAUCGGUGGUGUCAGGUCUGAGCAAUCGGAGUGAAGUACCGUACGUCCUUCAGAUUCCGGGACCACGUCUGCCCGAACUCCAUGAAAACGAGUUACCCGUAAGCGUGUGUCACGUGGAGGAGCCCAAUCAUUUCUGGUGCCACCGCUUGGAUAGUCGCUCCAAACGAGAUUACAAGCAUCUUACCGGCCUGGUGGGGCCACAGGGUAGUCGCUUGGAGAGGUGGGAUAUUAAAGUUCCCGUCGUCAAGGGCAAUUUGGUGAUGGGUCCGUUCAAAGCCGCCAACAAUUACGUGGAGUACUAUCGAGCCAAGGUGCUCAGCACGCAGCAGGGCGUGCCGAUUCAUGAGCAACGCGUCCGCCUUUAUUUCAUCGAUUUCGGCAACGCAGCCGAGGCCCACGUCAAGGAUUUGAAAGUGGUGUCUGAUGGACUGCUCAAAUUUCCGCCUUUGGCCAUUGAAUGCUAUCUGACAGGAGUGGGUCCAUCAUUUAUCAACGAUCCCAAAGGAAAGUGGACAAAGUCCGGCAAAGAAUGGUUUGAGUUGCAGACGGUGGAUCAAAUACUUACAGCUAGGGUGUUUUCGGUCGUCAAUGGAAUCACAUCUAUGGAUCUGAUUGGAGAAGGUGGCAGUUGGGAGAAUUCAUUCGCUGAUCAGAUGUUGAAACUCAACUACGCCGUCAAAGUGGAUGAAUCUUUUAUGAACAAACAAGAUAAUGAACAGCGUCAAUCCGCACAAGAAGCCAAGCCGAAUUCUCACAUGGCUAGACACCGACAACGAGAGUUGGAGGAACAGAGAUCUGUGGCUGCCGAGUAUUUGGCAAUGGAACUUGAAGUUGACGAGCCAAGACAUUACAGUCGCAAUGAAACUUCUGUUGUCAAACUCGUUGGCCCUGUUAAUCCGUUGGAGAUGAAGAUGUUCGGCAAAGUGCAAUCCCUUUUGGGUAGCCUGGUCAAGAUAGAAGAUGAUUCCGUCAACUCAGUUAUACUGGAAGAUCAACCUGGAGAUCAUCACGAGCGCGUUCUCGUUGCUGCUCACGUCGGAUCUCAACAAAACGGUCGCCAUGUCCAGGCUCGCAGCACCACUCUGCUUCCAAAUAUCCCCGGUUUACCGGCCAUUCUGACGCUUCUUUUUGCCCCGAGAGCUGAAUUCCGGGCGGACAAGGAGAUUAAACGCCUUACGGGUGCCAUUUGUGGGUUGGGUUACGAUCAAGUGAAGCAGCAAUCCUUCUAUCCUGAACAUGAUAUGGAACUUACAUUUGACUCGGAGAUUGGUCUUACGGAUGUGCUUCUCAUCAACAAAAUUAGAUUUUGGUUGAAUUCCGUUAUGGGCGCACCGUCAUUCAGUCAGCACCACGCAGCGCCAUCCCAGGAGCGCAUGAGAGAAGUCAGUCAGAAAACGCUUGGAUUUUUGUUUGAGCUCAUCACCAAACCGCGUGGUGACGUCAAGUUCGAACCCUCGACCAGCUAUAAAUGGAAUCUCAUCAAACCCGAAAACCUUCUACAGUCGGAUGUCGCUGAAAGUCAACUGGAUACUCUGAUUCCACUCCACGACUGUAUCAAGCUUAACCCCUGAAGGGAUUGCAGUCUAAUCUGAAAUGAAGCAUUCUUAUUGAAAAACUUGUUUGGAGUAUUGGUAAAACCAAUUGUUUCAAUCCAGAACCAAAAUUAAGAUAUGUCGGUAUUAUUGCUUUGAUUUGUUGUUCCUACAUCGUGUCCUGUUUGUGAAACAGUCGAUGAAUGCUAAUUGUUUUGAAAAAUACAAAGAAUUCGAUAACGUU